GUUUAUUGGCAUUCAAGUGCUCAUAUUCUUGGAGAGGCCAUGGAAGGUUAUUUUGGAGGCUGCUUAUGCUAUGGACCACCAAUUGAGAAUGGAUUUUAUUAUGACAUGUACAUUGAAGACAGAGGUGUAUCUAGUACUGAAUUUCCACUACUAGAGAACCGCUGUAAAAAUAUUAUAAAAGAAAAGCAGGCUUUUGAACGGCUGGAAGUCAGAAAGGAGAUCCUGUUAGACAUGUUUAAGUAUAACAAGUUUAAAUGCCGUAUCCUUAAUGAGAAGGUGAACACACCAACUACCACAGUAUACAGAUGUGGUCCGCUGAUUGACCUCUGCAGGGGUCCACAUGUGAGACACACUGGAAAAAUUAAAGCCCUUAAAAUAUUUAAGAAUUCCUCUACAUAUUGGGAAGGAAAAUCUGACAUGGAAACUCUGCAAAGAAUAUAUGGAAUAUCUUUUCCUGAUAACAAAAUGAUGAAGGAAUGGGAAAAAUUCCAGGAAGAGGCCAGAAGCCGGGACCAUAGGAAGAUUGGAAAGGAGCAGGAGCUCUUCUUCUUUCAUGAUGUCAGUCCUGGAAGCUGCUUCUUCCUCCCCAGAGGUGCCUUUCUUUAUAACACACUCGUGGAUUUCAUACGAGAGGAGUAUAACAGGCGUAAUUUUACUGAAGUUCUAUCUCCAAACAUCUUCAACAGUAAACUCUGGGAAACUUCAGGUCACUGGCAGCACUACAGUGAAAAUAUGUUCUCUUUUGUGGUUGAGAAGGAGACUUUUGCCCUUAAACCGAUGAACUGUCCAGGACAUUGCUUGAUGUUUGCCCAUCGUCCACGGUCUUGGAGGGAGAUGCCUCUCAGACUUGCAGAUUUUGGAGUUCUUCACCGAAAUGAACUCUCUGGGACUUUAAGUGGCUUGACUCGUGUAAGGCGCUUCCAACAAGACGAUGCUCACAUCUUUUGCACAAUGGAACAGAUUGAAGAAGAAAUUAAGGGCUGUCUUGAUUUCUUGAAGUCAGUGUAUGCUGUCUUUGGUUUUACCUUUCAACUACAUCUUUCUACGAGACCAGAAAAUUAUCUCGGAGAGUUAGAGAUCUGGGAUCAUGCAGAAAAGCAACUUCAAAACAGCUUGAAUAACUUUGGAGAGCAGUGGAAUUUGAAUCCAGGAGAUGGAGCAUUUUAUGGGCCUAAGAUUGAUAUUAAAAUCCAAGAUGCUAUUGGCAGAUACCAUCAAUGUGCUACUAUCCAACUUGACUUUCAACUACCCAUUCGAUUUAAUCUUACAUAUGUUGGUAAGGAUGGCGAUGAUAAGAAAAGGCCAGUGAUUAUUCACAGAGCUAUUUUGGGAUCUGUGGAGAGAAUGAUAGCUAUUCUAGCAGAAAAUUAUGGAGGAAAAUGGCCGUUCUGGCUGUCUCCACGGCAGGUCAUGGUUGUGCCUGUGGGACCUACUUCUGAGGAGUAUGCCCAGCAGGUUAGCAGUCAAUUUUUUGAAGCCGGAUUUAUGUCAGAUGUGGAUCUAGAUCAAAGUUGCACAUUAAACAAGAAAAUCAGAAAUGCACAGCUGGCCCAGUAUAACUUUAUCUUAGUGGUUGGGGAAAAGGAGAAAGCAAAUAAUGCUGUCAACGUGCGGACAAGAGACAACAAAGUUCAUGGAGAGAUCUCGGUAUCUGCUGCUAUUGAAAAACUCAUGAAAUUUAAGAGUUCACAUAUUCUAAAUGCAGAAGAAGAGUUCUGA